GUUUCAACCCAGAUGACAAAAGCUGCCGACACUGUGGAGUGGGACUUGAGAUCUGUGGUUUUUAAAUGUGUAUGGUUAUAUUUGCUCCGAUUUUUGCCAUCUGUGCUUUUGCAACAUGUGGAGGAUACUAUGGUCAUCUCCAGGUUAAAGUGGACUGUGCCGACAGGAGGCAGAGUAACCUCAGCAUCAACAUUGAUUUUGGCUAUCCAUUCAGAUUACAGGAGGUGCAUUUCAAAGCUCCUGCGUGUGAGUCAAAGAGGGAGGAGAUUCUUUUCCUGGAUGGUGACUUUUCCUCAGCUGCUCAGUUUUUCCUGACUGUGGGUGUUUUUGCUUUCCUGUACUCGCUGCUGGCCACCAUCGUCUAUGUCUUCUACCAGAACAAGUACCUGAAGAACAAUAGAGGCCCGCUUGUGGAUUUUGUUGUCACAGUCAUCUUCUCCUUCAUGUGGCUGGUCAGCAGUUGCUGUUGGGCCAAAGCGCUCUCUGAUAUCAAGGCGGCCACAAACCCAACACAUGUGCUUCUGCUCAUCUCAGCCUGCAGAGCUCAGGAGAACAAAUGUGCGGCCACCCAGGAGCCUCUCUGGUCACGACUUAAUACAUCUGCAGUCUUUGGUUUUGUAAAUGUCAUCCUCUGGGUAGGGAAUAUUUGGUUUGUCUUUAAAGAGACAGGCUGGUAUAAGACCGGUCAGAGAUAUCCAACCAGGAGUGCUUCUGGGAAACGUGCCAGUGGAAUGCGGCAGCGGCUCUACAGCGAGAGCAGCUUCGAGCAGCCGGAGGAGAGUUUUGGUCCACAGCCCUCCAGACAAAACAGUUUCAAUCAGCAGGUCAGCAGACAGAGCAGCAUCAACCAGUCACAAGUAAGCUUGAGCUUACCACACGCAUAUCUCGGCAAGCCGGUGAUUUAUGAGAAUAAAGUUGUUUCUCAAGGGCCGAUGAUAUUUGUCAAUGAGAUGUGAAGCUGCUGUUAGUGUAAUGCUGUACAUCGUGAAGGAGAUGUGAACAUCAUUAUUACCUUAAAGGAGCUGUAAGCGAUACUCAGAGCAUUUAUACAGCAAACCACUGUUUACUGAUAUAGUGGAGUAAUGACAUGCUGAAAGUCACACUCGCUCUGUGUGUGUUGUAAUCUGAGCUUCUCAGUUCUUUGUUGUGGUAGCUGGACCAGCUGUGUGUGCAUGUUAGUGCAUGUGAGUCCUGUGUGUGCACCCCGCUGGCUAGCUAAGUGCUACCGCUCUGCUUUGCCCAUAUAUGGCGGCUAGUGCUGAUUUUGGGAUGGUGCUAUCACAGAAGCACAGCUCCAACCCUGAGGCUCCUUUAAGAUAAAAUGAAAACACUGAUGAUAUCUUUUUGGCAAGUAUGGUGUUCAUAAUGUGAUAUGAUUUUUUAUUAUAAUUUUUUAAUGAUGUACUUGGAGUUGAGCAUUUCCCCAAUGACACACGUUGUGGAAAAUGAUGAUGAAGAAAUGAUGAAAUGUGAAGUCAUUACUUAAGGCAUUUGUUUGUUUGUUUGGUUGGUUGGUUGUUUUUUUUUUUUACCAUUAAACUUCAUUUAAU